AUGGUCCGCACUUCCGUUCUCCACGAUGCGCUCAACGCCAUCAACAACGCCGAGAAGGCUGGCAAGCGUCAGGUCCUGAUCCGACCUUCUUCCAAGGUCAUCAUCAAGUUCCUCCAGGUCAUGCAGCGCCACGGAUACAUUGGAGAGUUCGAGGAGGUCGACGACCACCGAUCCGGCAAGAUCGUUGUCCAGCUCAACGGCCGCCUCAACAAGACUGGUGUCAUCUCUCCCCGCUACAACGUGCGCCUCUCUGAGCUCGAGAAGUGGGUUGUCAAGCUGCUCCCUGCCCGUCAGUUCGGCUAUGUCAUCCUCACCACCUCUGCUGGCAUCAUGGACCACGAGGAGGCCCGACGCAAGCACGUUUCUGGCAAGAUCAUUGGCUUCUUCUACUAA